ACCCUCUCUCUUAUAUUUUGCCCCCACUAGUUCAAAAGUCUGGCUCCGUCCCUGGUUUCAGGCAGCCACCUUAAUUGUUGCACACAUACCUAUGCGCCCUUAUUCGGUGGAAGUGGCAACUGGCAACUACUAGAACAAUCUUUGUUGCAAAACACACUUUUUACUCUCUCUCUCUCUCAACUCUCGCUCUUAAUCAGCCAUGGCUAUUCCAACAGCAGCCUAUGUGGUGCCACUGGGGGCCAUCUUCUUUUUCUCAGGAUUACUCGUUAAUCUCAUUCAGGCGUUUUUCUUCAUAACUGUGUGGCCAUUUUCCAAGAAAACGUAUAUAAGGAUCAACAAAGUGAUUGUAGAGCUCUUGUGGCUUGAAUUCGUCUGGCUUGCUGACUGGUGGGCUGGGCUUAAGAUUGAAGUGUAUGCGGAUGCGGAAACAUUCCAGUUGAUGGGGAAAGAACAUGCGCUCGUCAUAUGCAACCACAAAAGUGAUAUUGACUGGCUGGUUGGCUGGAUUUUGGCUCAGCGAGCUGGUUGCCUUGGUAGUUCAUUUGCCGUGACAAAGAAAUCAGCAAGAUACCUUCCUGUUGUGGGUUGGUCAAUAUGGUUUUCUGGGGCUAUCUUUUUAGAAAGGAGUUGGGAAAAGGAUGAAAAUACUCUCAAGGCCGGAUUUCAGCGCUUAAGGGAAUUCCCAUGUGCUUUCUGGCUGGGGCUAUUUGUUGAAGGUACUCGCUUCACACAGGCGAAACUUUUAGCCGCUCAGGAAUAUGCAUCUACAAUGGGAUUGCCUUUUCCUAGGAAUGUUCUGAUUCCAAGAACGAAGGGUUUUAUUGCCGCAGUAAAUCACAUGCGUGAGUUUGUUCCAGCUAUUUAUGAUCUAACAUUCGCGUUCCCCAAAGACUCGCCUCCGCCCACAAUGCUAAGACUUUUAAAGGGGCAACCUUCUGUGGUGCAUGUUCACAUCAAAAGGCAUUUAAUGAAGGAUUUGCCUGAGAAGAAUGAAGCUGUUGCACAAUGGUGUAAAGAUGUAUUCUUGGUUAAGGAUAAAUUACUUGACAAACAUAAAGAGGACGGCAGUUUUGGUGAUGGAGAGUUGCAUGAAAUUGGCCGACCAUUGAAGUCUCUUGUGGUUGUCACCGCUUGGGCUUGUCUACUCAUUUUAGGAACCUUAAAGUUCUUGCAAUGGUCAUCGCUCCUGUCUUCUUGGAAGGGUCUUAUAUUUUCUGCUACAGGCUUGGCUGUUUUGACGGUACUCAUGCAAUUUCUAAUACAAUCAACGCAGUCAGAGCGCUCAAACCCUGCUAGUCUGUCUAAACCUGUCAGGGCAAAACCAGUGAAGCCAAAUAUAUAACUAUAAUGGCAUAUUUGGGAACUUGGAUUUCAUUGAAAUCCUGAAUUUGAUCAAAUGACAUGUUUGGAUACAUAAAAAAAGUUGGAUUUAAAUUUCAUUUAAAAUCCAGUGCAUUCAAAUACUAGUAUAAUGCUGAGAA